AUGCCGAAGAGGGAAGAAGAGGAGGAGCCACUCAGCCCGAUGGCGCGUCUGUUCCAAUCUCCGGGCAUGGACAGCUGCAUUGUUAUUACUAUCGGAUUCCAAGCAAAGAUCAAUGUUGAGGUCAUUCUAGAUGACUUGAAGCAUAACGUUUCUAAGCAUCCCCGUUUCUCUAGCAUAUUGUCAGAUAAUGGUGCAAAAUGGAUCAAGACCGAUGUUGAUGUAGAAGACCAUGUAUUUACACCAAACAUAGACCUAGAAGAGAUCGGCGAAGAUGGAGAAAGCUUCGUCGAUGACUAUGUCUCACGUCUCACAGUGAUUCCUCUUGAUAGAUCAAGGCCACUGUGGGAUAUUCACAUCCUCAACGUCAAAACAUCUGAUGCAGAAGCGGUCACUGUCAUAAGAUCACACCAUGCACUAGGAGAUGGAGUGUCUCUGAUGUCUCUCUUGUACGACAGUGAUGACUCGGAGCAGCAGAUUGACGGCGAUGGUGAACGGUGGUGGCAUGAUCGAGAAGACGGCAGCUCGGGGUUGGCUCGCGUGCACUUCGUCUCAUGUUUAUGGAAUCACGAGCAGGGACGCCGGCUUGGUCUGAAACGGUGA